AUGAUGGAACCUCCUUCACAGAACGGAAGGGCGAGGUCGUCGUCGACUGCUGCCCAAAACAAUAAUAAUUCCCAUUUCGCCCAGGAUCAUUCCAACAAUAAUCAGCUUCACACCAGCCAAUCGCUCUCGGCGAAUACCAACAGUAACAACAAUUAUCCAACAACAACAUCAACAAAUAACCAGCAAUUCCUCUUCACAACUCCUUACCUGGCAGCUACAUCUCAAGAAGGACUUGGAUUCACCACCAAUGUGACCGGGCCAGAACGCCAGUUCAAUCAGCAGGAAGACUUCUCCCAGGCGUUCGAUACCAAUUUCCUCGACCAACUAGAACAACCUACUUCCGGUAUAAACGAUAGCAGAGACUCACAGCCGUUUCCAGACUUUGAUACAUCUGACGCCGGGUUCAACUUUGACGAGUUCAACGCCUUCACACACCAGGAUCAGACCUCCGGGUUCAAUACAUCAACCACCAUGAUGGGCACUAUCCAACAACAGCCUACCAUCAACCCGGCAGACUUUGCUCAGCCCCUAUCCUCGCCCCCGAUGCCAAACUCUCCUCACCUUAUUCCUCCCGAGAACACUCCGUCUCCCAACAACCGCCCCAGUUCUCCGGCUGCUGCUUCGAGUCCCGGAACUUUCUACACGCCACAGCAUUCACGACAUACCUCACUAGACCCGGCCAGUGCCGCAUAUAUCAAUACCGAUGCGCAGUCUAAUUGGCAAGGAAUACUUGGGAAUAGUUCAUUCCAGGGCCAUCGUCGUGCACCAUCAGAACAUUCUGAUGUCUCUUCUGUCUCACAUUCGCCUUUCUUAGCACAGCAUGAUACCUUUGAUACCUCUGCCCAUCCUUCUGCCCAACCAUCUCCUCGUCUUCCCCCUCAGACAGACCCAAGCAUGUAUGACAAUGCUUUUGGAAUGGAAGCCUUCACUAUCUCGGAGCGUGAUCACAACAAUGGAUAUAGUCCUGCACAUAGUCCGUACAUCUCUCCUAGGCUCUCUCCGCAGCUGCAAAACACGGAGCUGGACCCAGAAAGUUCACUGCUUCUGUCCCAAAAUAUAGCCCAAAUACAAGGGACCACUCAAGACCCAUAUAUCGGAACGACAGCCCCGCAUGUACCUGGUUUCCCGGCGCAGCAACCCGGGCUUAGUGAUAUGGGGCAAGCAGCUCAGAUGACGCCUCCUUCAAUCAACGUUGAAUUUGCGCCACCUUCCAGGACAUCUACCGUAGAAGGACCCAAGCUAAAUGCAGACGGGGAUACAUUAAGUCCUCCAAUGAACCGCGCUCGAGGACGUAGCAAGUCCGAUCCAUUCAUGUCACGGCCAAUGGUUCCAUCUUCACUUGGUGUAUCUCAAGGAGGUGCAAUUAUAAACGCAGGCUCUUUGUCGCCAUCCAGAGCACCUGUGGGCACUUUCAGCACGCCGUCUUCACGGGAAGUCUCUCCAGUGAGCAAGAAUAGACGACAGUCAACCUCUUCACUUGACAGUCGUAGCUAUAUCUUGGACCUUGCAAACCCUCAGCGGCCUGGAUCCAGCACACAAGACUCAAAGAGAGUUCAAAAACACCCUGCAACGUUCCAAUGCACACUCUGCCCUAAGAAAUUCACACGGGCUUAUAACUUGCGCUCUCACCUUCGAACUCACACCGACGAAAGACCCUUUGUUUGUACGGUCUGUGGCAGGGCAUUUGCCCGUCAGCAUGAUAGGAGACGGCACGAAAGCUUACACUCCGGAGAGAGAAGAUUUGUCUGCAGAGGGGACAUGUCUAGUGGCCGUCAGUGGGGAUGUGGGCGGCGGUUUGCCCGCGCGGAUGCUCUAGGUCGUCAUUUCAGGUCCGAGGCUGGCAGAGUGUGCAUUAAACCCCUGCUUGAUGAAGAGGCUCUUGAACGCGAAAGCCUCAAUCAUCAUCAGCAGCAACAGCAACAAGGAAACGUUUCCCCAGGGCAUUUACAACCGGGCAACCAGCCUCUGACGGUGCCGGGUAUGGAUGGCUCUGGAGGCUCUUUCACUCUGCCUGCUGCUUUAUUGGCACAGUAUCCCGCAUUACAAGGUUUACAAUGGGAUCAAAUUGCAGCUCCGGUUGAUGAUAACAGUGACAUUGGCGGGCGAAGCAGUUUUGAUGCAAGUUCUGGAGGGGAGUUCGGCUUUGGAGACGAAGAGGAGCCCAUCAAUACUGGAUUUUUGAACCAACCACACGUUCAGUCACCACAACACCAGAUGGUUGGUGAUCAGAUUAACCACGGUGCCACCGGAGGUGCUUGGCCACAGUCCAGUCAGGGCUGGACAAACGAUUAUAAUGGCAUCAGAUAG